UUUUUUUUAGACCUGGACGAAUGCAAGGAUAAAACUCAUCAGUGUGACGGAAAUGCGAACUGUACCAACAUUCCUGGCUCAUAUAACUGCACAUGCAGGCCUGGCUACACAGGAAAUGGGAGCAUUUGUAAUGGUAUAAUUAACUAUACAAGCCUUCACUUCAUUUUUCUGCAAGUAAUUUAGUUUUCUUUGCAACUUAAUAUUUUCUACUUCCUCCAGAAAUUGAUGAAUGCAAGGAUGGAAGUCAUGACUGUCAUAUAAAUGCGAACUGUACCAAAAUUCCUGGCUCUUACAACUGCACAUGCAGGCAUGGCUACCAAGGCAAUGGGAGCAUUUGUAAAGGUAAAACGUGCUGAUAAAUGUCAUAAUAAGACUUAAUUUAUAUUCAUUUCUUGUUUUUUUCGUUUCCUUACUCAGACAUCGAUGAAUGCGAAAAGCAAAGCUACGAUUGUCACAAAAAUGCGAACUGUACCAACAUUCCUGGCUCAUAUAACUGCACGUGCAGGCCUGGCUACACAGGAAAUGGGAGCAUUUGUAAUGGUAUAAUUAACUAUACAAGCCUUCACUUUAUUUUUCAGCAAGUUAUGUAGUUUUCUUAGUAACUUAAUAUUCUACUACCUCCAGAAAUUGAUGAAUGCAAGGAUGGAGGUGAACCUGCGUAGCAGGCGCAGGGAAGUAUUUGGGAGCAUGAAAAAAACGGGUGGUGUCCCCUUCUUUCUUGCGCUUACACUUCCAAGGGCCUGCCACGCAGGCUAGGAUGGAAGUGAUGACUGUCACAUAAAUGCAAACUGUACCAACAUUCCUACUUCUUACAACUGCACAUGCAGGCAUGGCUACCAAGGCAGUGGGAGCAUUUGUAAUGGUAAACCUUGCUGAUAAGUGUCAUGAUAAGAUUUAAUUUCUAUUUAUUUCUUUUUUCUUUUUCUUACUCAGACAUCGAUGAAUGCGAAAAGGGAAGCCAUGAUUGCCACAUGAAUGCGAAUUGUACAAACACGCCCGGCUCUUAUAACUGCACAUGCAGGCCUGGAUACACAGGCAAUGGGAGCAUUUGUGAAGGUAAAAAUUUGCCGGUUAAUUUUUGUGAUGCGCCUUUAAAGAGUCGGGACUCAUAGCUACCUUUGAUAGUACUCCCUUUGAUACUCUUUCAUAGUUAUUCUUACACUUAAAACUAAGAUGGUCACCUGUUACGGACUUGAACAAUGAAAAGUGUUCUUUUUGGAUGUACGGACAAGAGGUUCUUUUGCGAAUGCCAACAGCCUGGGAUAGAAAACAUCUGUGGCCCCCGGGAGAGGAGAAAUUCCGCAGCAAAGAUAAAUCUUGUGAAGCUCUGCCUUGAGGUCCAGCUCCUUACCUUUCUAUAUAUUUCUUUUGAGAGUAAAGGUACCCCUGGCGUCCCUUACACAGUACCUUCAAUUGACAAAUGGUACCCCUUUCAAAGUCGUUAAACUGUGAAUAAAUCAGAAAACCAGGAAAUUGUCUCGACUUUUUCACAGCCAUAAAAUCCUUCUAUUGGCCCUUUUAGGUCUUUUUACAGAGCAAAAUGACACAGAUUUCCCUACCCUCUCAUAUACUUAAACCACACCUAAAGUCUUGAAAAGGUACCCAUUUCGCAAUUCGGGCGGAGCUUCCCGUAUAGGUCAUUGUAGGGGGUUCCCCCUGGGAUUUAUGCUUGCUCUUCUCUCAAUCAGCAUGCUACAAAACUGAUCAUUUUCUUACGUUAAAUGCCUAGGAUUAUAUAUAUACGAUUUGCAAGGUUGGGGGCUCGUAUUGUUUUCUUUUUUUUAUAUUAGACCUGGACGAAUGCAAGGAUAAAACUCAUCAGUGUGACGUAAACGCGAACUGUACCAACAUUCCUGGCUCAUAUAGCUGCACGUGCAGGCCUGGCUACACAGGAAAUGGGAGCAUUUGUAAUGGUAUAAUUAGCUACCCAAGCCUUCACUUCAUGUUCCUGCAAGUAUAGAGUUAUGUUUUCUUUGUAACUUAAUAUUUUCUACUCCCUCCAGAAAUUGAUGAAUGCAAGGAUGGAAGCCAUGAUUGUCACAUAAAUGCCAACUGUACCAACAUUCCUGGCUCUUACAACUGCAUGUGCAGGCCUGGCUACCAAGGCAAUGGGAGCAUUUGUAAUGGUAAACCUUGCUGAUAAAUGUCAUAAUAAGACUUAAUUUAUAUUCAUUUCUUGUUUUUUUUGUUUCCUUACUCAGACAUCGAUGAAUGCAAAAAGGGAAGCCAUCAUUAUGAUUGCCACAUAAACGCAAAUUGUACAAACACAGCUGGUUCUUACAACUGCACAUGCAGGCCUGGCUACACAGGCAAUGGGAGCAUUUGUAAAGGUAAAAAUUUGCCGGUUAAUUUUUAUGAUGCGUCUUUAAAGAGUCGGGACUCAUAGCUCCCUUUGGUAGUACUUCCUUUGAUACUCUUUCCAUAGUUAUUGUUACACUUAAAAAAAAACCAAGAUAUCACCUGUUACAGACUUGAACAAUGAAAACUGUUUUUUGGAUAUACGGACAAGAGAUUGUUUUGCGAAUGCCUGUAGUCUGGGAUAGAAAACAUCUGUGCCCCCCAGGGGAGGAGGAAUUCCGCAGCAAAGGCUUAUCUUGUGAAGCUCCGCCUUGAGGUCCAACUCCUUACCUUUCUACAUAUUUCUUUUGAGAGAAAAGGUACCCCUCCCUUACACAGUACCUUCAAUUGACAAAUGGUGCCCCUUUCAUGAUCAAAUACCUAGUUUGGAACUUUGCAUUACUUUUAGCUGCUGUAAAUACAAUGUCUUUAAACUGUGAAUACAUCAGAAAACCAGGAAAUUGUCUCGACUUUUUCACAGCCAUAAAAUCCUUCUGUUACCCCUUUUAGGUCUUUUUACAGACCAAAAUGACACAGAUUUCCCUACCCUCUCAUAUACUUAAACCACACCUGAAGUGUGGAAAAGGUACCCAUUUCGUAAUUCGGGUGGAGCUUCCUCAUAUAGGUCAUUCUAGGGGCUUACCCCUGGGAGUUAUGCUUGUUUAUUGUUUUCUUUUUUUUAUAUUAGACCUGGACGAAUGCAAGCUGGAUAAAACUCAUCCGUGUGACGUAAAUGCGAACUGUAACAACAUUCCUGGCUCAUAUAACUGCACGUGCAGGCCUGGCUACACAGGAAAUGGGAGCAUUUGUAAUGGGAUAAUUAACUGUACAAGCCUUCACUUCAUUCUUCUGCUGCAAGUAGUUAUGUUUUCUUUGUAACUAAUAUUUCUAAUUCCUCCAGAAAUUGAUGAAUGCAAGGAUGGAAGUCAUGAUUGUCACAUAAAUGCCAACUGUACCAACAUUCCUGGCUCUUACAACUGCACAUGUAGGCCUGGCUACCAAGGCAAUGGAAGCAUCUGUAAAGGUAAAACUUCCUGAUAAAUGUCAUAAUAAGACUAAAUUUAUAUUGAUUUCUUGUUUUUUUGUUUCCUUACUCAGACAUCGAUGAAUGCGAAAAGGGAAGCCAUGAUUGUCACAAAAAUGCGAAGUGUACAAACACAGCUGGCUCUUACAACUGCACGUGCAGGCCUGGAUACACAGGCAAUGGGAGCAUUUGUAAAGGUAAACAUUUGCCGGUUAAUUUUUAUGAUGCGCCUUUAAAGAGUCGGGACUCAUAGCUCCCUUUGGUAGUACUCCCUUUGAUACUCUUUCCAUAGUUAUUCUUACACUUAAAACCAAGAUAUCACCUGUUACAGACUUGAACAAUGAGAAGUGUUUUUUUUGGAUGUACGGACAAGAGGUUCUUUUGCGAAUGCCUACAGUCUGGGAUAGAAAACAUCUGUGCCCCCCAGGGGAGGAGGAAUUCCGCAGCAAAGUUUUAUCUUGUGAAGCUCCGCCUUGAGGUCCAGCUCCUUACCUUUCGUUUUAUUUCUUUUGAGAGAAAAGGUACCCCUCCCUUACACAGUACUUUCAAUUGACAAAUAGUUCCUCUUUCAAAUACCUAGUUUGGAACUUUUCAUUACUUUUAGCUGCUGUAAAUGUACUGUCUUUAAACCGUCAAUAAAUCAGAAAACCAGGAAAUUGUCUCGACUUUUUCACAGCCAUAAAAUCCUUCUGUUAGCCCUUUAGGUCUUUUUACAGAGCGAAAUGACACAGAUUUCCCUACCCUCUCAUAUACUUAAACCACACCUGAAAAGGUUUGAAAAGGCACCCAUUUCGCAAUUCGGGCGGAGCUUCCCUGUAUAGGUCAUUGUAGGGGGUUCCCCCCGGGAUUUAUGCUUGCUCUAAAUCUCUUAAUCAGCAUGCUACAAAAUUGAUUAUAUUCUUGCGUUAAAUGCCUAGGUUUAUAUACGAUGUGCGAGGUUGGUGGCUUGUAUUGUUUUCUUUUUUUUAUAUUAGACCUGGACGAAUGCAAGGAUAAAACUCAUCAGUGUGACGUAAAUGCGAACUGUACCAACAUUCCUGGCUCGUAUAACUGCACGUGCAGGCCUGGUUACACAGGAAAUGGGAGCAUUUGUAAUGGUAUAAUUAACUAUACAAGCCUGCAGUGACUUCAUUUUUCUGCAAGUAGUUUAGUUUUCUUUGCAACUUAAUAUUUUCUACUUCCUCCAGAAAUUGAUGAAUGCAAGGAUGGAAGUCAUGAUUGUCAUAUAAAUGCGAAUUGUACAAACACACCUGGCUCUUACAACUGCACGUGCAGGCCUGGCUACACAGGCAAUGGGAGCAUUUGUAAAGGUAAAAAUUUGGGAAGACCUUAGAUAACAAUGACCUCAACCAGGUUGUGGCGUCCAGCGGCUUAAGUGAAAACAAGGAUUUGGGCCGGUGGGGUGCUCAGUCUCGCGGGCUCAUAUAACCUGGUCUCAGUCAUUCUUAUUUAAAGAUUUUCAAAAAUUUUCCGAUUAAUUUUUAUGAUGCGCCUUUAUAGAUUCAGGGCUUAUAGUAGCUCCCUUUGAUAGUACUCCCUUUGAUACUCUUUCCCUAGUUAUACUUACACUUAAAACCAUGAAGAUGGUCACUUGUUACAGCAGUAAGCGCUCGAUCUCAACGAUCUUACGGAAGUAGUCUUUGAAUUGCUCUUUGAACUUCAUCUUUUUAAAUUUUCUGGGAUUCCAAUGUAGGAGGUAGCUUUAUGUGUAAUUCUGGAAUUUUGGUUUUUCAGAUGUUGAUGAAUGUGCUGACAACUUACAUGACUGCGACGCUAAUGCAAAGUGUAAAAACAUCCCGGGAUCCUAUAGCUGUGUUUGCAACGCACCAUAUAAUGGAUAUGGGAAAAAGUGCAUU